AUGCAACUCUCCCUCUUUAUCUUCGGCCUUCUCGCCAACGUCAUCUCAGCGGUUCCCACCCCCGAAACACAAUCGACAUGCUUGAACGAAUUCCAAACCUGCAAAGUUAGCGCACCAAUCGGUGACCCCCAAGCCUGCUGCAUUUCCAACAUGAUUUGCCAGGGCAAGCAGCAGAACAGUACCAUGGGUGUCUGUGUGAAGGAGGACGACACGGCUAAGCUGCUACAGCUGUAG